CAGGUGCCGAGUACGAGAGAAGCGCGCUGGAUCGUGCGGCGGCAGAGCGAGCGGAUAUCGUGGUCAGAUAUGACAGGGGAAGGGAAGAAGGUUCGGAGAUCGACGCCUGGGAGGAUGAGACGUUUAUCGUGUACAAGAUAACGGACAGAUAUGGCUUCAUGCACACAAAGGAACUGCCAGAGAGAGAUGUGAAAGAGGAGAAGCUGAAGGCACUGGAAGUGGAGCGGGUGCCAAAGUGGCUGAAGAUGCUGAAAAACUGGGACAAAUAUGUCAACUCAGACAAGCUGCACAAGCGAGUGUACAAAGGAAUCCCUCAUUCUCUCCGCGGGGAGGUUUGGUCCCGACUUUUGGACAUUGCGAAGAUCAAACAGGAACAGGACGGCAUCUAUGAGGGUUAUGGUAAUUCCUCGAUGCGCCCCGAGCAGCCAACCACGUACGAGAGGAUGAGAAUAUCGGCGCGGAACAGCUCGCCAGAUGUGCGACAGAUUGACCUGGACGUGAACCGGACGUACCGGAACCAUAUCAUGUUCCGCGACAGAUACGGCGUCAAACAGCAGGCCCUGUUCCACGUGCUGUCCGCCUACUCCAUGUAUAACACAGAAGUCGGUUACUGCCAGGGGAUGAGUGAGAUUGCAGCACUCAUGCUCAUGUACCUGAAUGAAGAGGAUGCGUUCUGGGCGAUCUCCGUUCUCCUGACAGACAACAAGCACAAGAUGCACGGCUUCUUCAUCCCCGGCUUCCCCAAACUGCUGCGCUUCCAGGACCACCACGACAAGCUGCUUGGGAAGUUCCUGCCCAAGGUCAAGAAAAACUUGGACCUGAACGAGAUCCACACCUCUCUGUACUCCAUGAAGUGGUUUUUCCAGUGUUUCCUGAGCCGAGUGCCCUUCAGACUCGUCCUGAGGCUCUGGGACAUCUACAUCUUAGAGGGCGAGGCCGUCUUAACCGCCAUGGCGCUCACCGUCUUCAAGAUGCACAAAAAGCGGAUUGCUAAGAUGGAGAUUGAGCACCUCGCGACCUUCUUCCAGCGCGACCUUGAGGAAGACUUCGGCUACGAUGAUGACGAGGUGAUCGACCAGCUGCAGCUGACGAUGUCCGACCUCCGGAAGCAGAAGCUGGACCUCCCGCCGCCCCCGAAGGUCCCGGAGGUGCCCCAGAUCCCCUUCGGGUACCGGCGGGAGUACACCUUUGAGGUUUGGUCUGGUUUAUUCAAAUCUCCGUUAGUGAUUAAUCACUAG